AUGUCGAAGCCUGAUGAACCAACCGUUGUGCAGCUGGAGGAUUACAAGGCGAAAAAUAAACCGAAUCUGAUGACCACCUCCUAUGGAGCUCCAAUUGCCGACAAAACAAAUGUGCUUACGGUUGGACCAAGGGGUCCAAUGCUAAUGCAGGAUGCUGUGUAUAUUAAUGAAAUGGCCCAUUUCGAUCGUGAACGAAUUCCUGAAAGGGUGGUCCAUGCCAAAGGAGGAGGUCUGUUUCUAUCUGAUUACGCGGCCCUUGUGACAAAGCAAAUCCCUACUCUACAGAUGCCAUAG